GGUAAUCCAAGCCAAGCCAGGAGCGGCUACCAGAACGGUGUCGUUUCGCGUGUAUGCGGGCAUCGGCCACUGAACUCGGUGGCGGCUCAGUCUCACAAACACCCCAGCACUCUCCCUCCCUCCCUCCUUCCAUCCGCCAUGGGAGACCACCUCCAGCAGCCCGACGAAGAACGCAGUGAGUUCAGUGACAGCGGCAAGAGGAAGCUGGAGGACACAAUCGAACUCGCCAAACAGAAAGCUCAGGAAAUCGCCUCUCGGCUUAUCAGCGACGCCGCCGACCCCAAGCGGCAGCGCCUCGGUUCUGAGAACCCCUCGGAGCCUUCUCCGUGGUCUAAUUCCGCCCCACCAGCUCCUUCUUAUCCUGUUUCGUAUGCUCGUGAACAAAGUCAGUAUGGUGUCCAGAGCAGCAAGAAGAUCACUAUACCCAAUGGCAAGGUGGGGGUUGUCAUAGGGAAAGGAGGAGAAACAAUCAAAUACAUUCAACUUCAAUCAGGGGCAAAGAUACAAAUUACAAAGGACCAGGAAGCCGAUCCCCAUGCUCUAACCAGGGAUGUAGAUUUGACGGGUACUCCUGAUCAAAUUAGCAGAGCAGAGCAACUUAUAACCGAUGCCAUCUCAGAGGCAGAUGCAGGGGCAUAUUCCAACUCUUCACAGGGGUCAAAUACAAAGCAAUCUGGAGCUGAACAGUACUCUACAAAAGUUCCAAAUGACAAAGUGGGAUUGCUCAUUGGGAAGGGAGGUGAAACUAUAAAGUAUAUGCAAAACAAAUCAGGAGCUAAGAUGCAGGUGAGUUUGAAAACUAUCAAUGACAUAAGAACUAACUUGAAUCUCCGUUGCGGUCCUAAAUGCUCAACAGUUUCCUCAAGUGAGUAUCAAUCUUCAAAGAAGUACUUGCAACUCUGUAGGGAGAUUAUUCCCUUGCACCUUCCUGCUGGUGAUCCAACAACCGAGAGAACUAUAUACAUAAAUGGUACUGCAGAACAAAUUGAGGCAGCCAAAGAAUUGGUAAACGAGGUAGUUAAUGGGAAACGGAUCCUAACUUCUGGUGGAACUAACACAUACCAACAACAAGCUUAUCAGCAGCCUCCUUACUGGGCUGCAGGAGGACAGCCUCCGAUGCAACAGCAACAGGCCCAAUAUGGUUAUCAGCAGCCCGGAACUCAUCCUACUCCCCCUGCAUACUAUGGCAACUAUGCUGCUCAACCACCUGCCUGGGACCAGUCAAAUCAAUCUGCUCCUCAACCGCCUCACCAAUCGACUGGUUAUGGUUACUAUGGACAACAACCACAAAUGGGGGCAGCUCAAGUUAAUCCCAACUAUGGCUAUGGCCAAGCACCCGGGGCUGCAGCCAACAACUACAGUCAGGGUUAUGGUCAACAGCCUUCAAGUUAUGGACAGGUUCAGGCAGCUCCAACACAUGACCAGCAAAAGCCAUAUCCAACUUCUGGUUAUGGGCAAAGUACAGAUGGGGCGGUAGCAUCAUCUCAGCCGAGUCAAGAAGCUCCUGCAUAUCCCCAGGCUGCCUAUAAUCAUCCUUACUGGAAUUCUGCUGGGUACCCAGGGCAACCAGCAGCUGCUCAAACAGGUUAUGACCAGACCGGUUACUCACAAGCGGCCUACGGGACAGCCACUCAGCAAGAUUAUGGACAAGGUGGGUAUGCUGCUCAGCCUCCUGCUGCUGGAGACUAUGGUCAAGGUGCAUAUUCUAGUGGCGGUUAUGGGCAACAGCAGGCUGAGACAACUCCCCAGACAGGGACAGCGGCCAAUGGUGCUACAGAAUCAGGAGGUUAUGAGGUUACGACCAACAAUGAAAAUGGUGGCCAAUCGGGAGAUGGCUCAAGCAAUGAUGUGAAAAAAGAAGCGCCUCAUUCUGAGUCUUGAAAAAGAGAAUGAAGAUUUGAACUUUGUAUGUCCAGCUAUCUAUGGUGUCUUCUUGUCUGCCCCCUGAUUAUCCGUUCUGCACUUGUAUACUAAAUUUGCAGGGUCGAAAAAGAACUAUGUCUAGGCUUUUAUGAUGUUGCGAAAUUUUGCCUAAGAUUUUGAUUAUUGGAUGUCUGAAUUGGGUUAAGCUGUGUAACAAACAAUUAGAAUGACUUCUAUCGAUGCUGAUUUCUCUACAUUGCCUUCUCUGAUUUCUCAUAAUUUCAACUAUUGGAUGUCUGUCUGAUACAGGAUCUCUAUAU